AUGAUUGCUGUUCAGAUUCCGGCUCUUACUCUCGCAUCUUACGAUCAUGUUAAAUGCUAUGACCAAGAAGCCUGGGUAGAUCGUGCAUGGAAAAUCCAGACCAAAGCUGCACUCAAGGAGGUCUGCCCGAAAACAAAUGAGAAACUGACCUACAGUCUUAAGAUGGAUUGUUUUCUAAAGAAAAUUUGGGCAAAUAAGGAGUAUCACUUCCAUGUUCAGGAUUGGAAAGUACACCAAGUAAUCCUCGAGAAAGAAGAAUACGAUAAAUACUCGAAAAAUUCAUCUUAUUUGAUGGGAAGACUCAAACCUAGUACUUGGAGAUGGAAAUGGGCGUAUGCAUAUUGGGAAAAUCGUCUUUGCGAGUCAGCCGAGAUGGACCGGGGAGCCAAUGCUUACUAUGCCUGUGCAACAUACGUCUUAGACUACAGAGAAGAUCAUUACGGAUUUCAAUACAGAUUCGGCUGCGUAUUCGACAAAAAGGAGCCAGAGGAAUAG